UCUUCAGAAAUCCUUGAAGGAGCAACACAACCAGCAGAAAAUCAUUAACAGAACUACAAUGAGUCAGGACAUAUGCAUAGUUUUGGUUGGUAAAACAGGAGUUGGCAAGAGUGCUACAGGAAAUACCAUUCUUGGUGAAAGGAUAUUUGUGUCAGAAGCAAGAGCUACAUCAAUCACUAAACAGAGUUCAUUUGCAUCUCGGAUGAUAAACAGUAGGCAGAUUUGUAUCGUGGACACUCCUGGUCUAUAUAACACACAUCUGUCCAAUGAAGAAGUCUUAAAUGAUACUGUGAAUUGCAUCAAACUUGCAGCUCCAGGUCCUCAUGUCUUUCUUCUUGUAAUUGCCAUUGGGCGCUUCACUAAAGAAGAGAGAAACAUUGUUGAAUUGAUUCAAACAACCUUUGGUCAAGAAGUGCUCAGACACAUGAUGGUCUUGUUCACCAGGGCAGAUGAUCUUGAAGAAAGGACAAUUGAAGAUUACAUUGCGGAGGCACCAGCGCUAAAACAAGUGAUAAAUACAUGCGAAGGGAAAUACCAUAUAUUCAACAAUAGAGAGAAGUCAGACCGUACACAAGUUGAUGAGUUCAUGAGGAAGAUUGAAGCCAUAAUAAAGCAGAAUCAUAACAGCUACUACAGCCCUCACAUGUUUACAAUGGCAAAUAAACUCAACAGUGCUCAGAGAACCAUGAAGAAAAAAGAUGCUGACCUAAAUACAGAAGUCAGAAGUCCGAGUAAGGGAGUGAAGUUGAGUCCAGUCAGCUCUGACAGCCUGGAGGAAACCUUAACGCCUAAAUAA